AUGUUUAGCUCGAAAGUACCUCAUUUAUCAUUACCAAUCUCAGAUAAAAAUGAGGUUCCUUUCAUCGUUUGGGAUCCUGCGCUGGAAGAUUUACUUAGCACACCAAUAAAUCGAAAUUUGACAACUCCGAAUGUAAAAUGGAAACCUUCUACUGCACUAAAUAAAACAGAUUUUAUGAGGAGUGACAAGAAAAGAGCAAGGACUCGUCCUGCCACUCCUACAAUGCAUGUAGAAGAAAAUUCUGAUAUGCGAUCACGAGAAAUUAUGAUUCAUAAAAUGAUAACAUCCCCUUUAUCUCCGAGGAAACCUACAAAAAUACGAGCUAAAACUAAAUUCCAUGGAAUAAAGGACCAACACACACUUGAAAAAGUUAUUCAUCAACGAGCAACUCGGUCGAUUGCAAAUCAAGAUCUAAAUGCUAGGAAGGUUGAAAAACAAAGCCUCGUAAGGCAAUUUUCCAUUCCUAUUCGUAGAGGAGUUACUUCCCCGAAUCCUUUUCUUUGA